CUGUUUUUAUAUAGUAUAGAUGUGAAUUAUCAAAUAUUUUACUAUAAAGAUAUGAUUUCUUCGAAAUGGUAUUAAAUCUCUACUAAAUUAGGUGUUGGAUAUAAAUUAUCCGACAAAGAGAAACAAAAAUAGAAGAAAAAUUUUGAAAGGGAUAGAAAAGUCAGAAGUUGCGCAAAUAGAUGGCUUGAGAUUUAGGAUUUCUCCUUCCUCUCUGUCAAACCUUAAAAAAAACUUCUUCUUUUUUUACUUCGUUAGAUUGUUUGUUUGUCGGAGAAGCUAUUCAACGAUUCUUGUCUGAGAAACCACAAAGAAGAGAAACACAGGAUCCAAACCGAUCAUCAUAUACUAAUUGCAAAAUUGCAACAUUUGAAUAUUAGGAGCGGCGUUUGCUGCUCCUAGGAGGAGGGAGUUGUGAAAAGUUUUUGGAUAAAAGAAAAGGGAAGAUGUCGAAGCCUCCCUCCUCAACAAAUCAGCAAGAGACUCCUUCUGUGUCCUCUCCUCGGCUGAGGGACAGCAAUAAGAAGAUGACGCCAGAGAUGGAUGAUCCGGAGAAAGCAGCAGUAACAAUCACACGUCUCAUCGAGCAGCUUCACGCGAAGAAAUCAUCAGCGCAAGAGAAAGAGCUCAGCACAGCUCGGCUUCUCGGUCUAGCCAAAGGCAAAAAAGAAUGUAGAAAGAUCAUUGGACGGAACGUGAACGCUAUGCCUUCCUUCAUAUCACUUCUCAGGAACGGAACCAUUCUGGCGAAACUCAACUCCGCUUCGAUCUUGACCGUUCUAUGCAAAGACGAAAACAUUCGUUCUAAAGUACUGAUAGGCGGAUGCAUCCCGCCGCUUCUGUCACUUUUGAAAUCUGAUUCUGUCGAUGCAAGAAGAGCUGCUGCCGAGGCUAUAUAUGAGGUUUCUUUGUGUGGAAUGGAUGAUGAUAACGUUGGUACUAAGAUAUUUGUCACGGAAGGCGUGGUACCGAGUUUAUGGGAUCAGUUAAAGAUGAAAAAAAAGCAAGACAAGACUGUUGAAGGAUAUUUGGUUGGAGCUUUGAGAAAUCUUUGCGGUGAUAGAGAUGGGUUUUGGACUGUAACACUUGAAGAUGGUGGAGUCGAUAUCAUCUUGAAGCUUCUACAGUCUAGUAAUCCGGUAUCGCAAUCAAAUGCAGCUUCUCUUUUAGCUCGUCUUAUUCGGAUUUUCACUUCUAGCAUCUCAAAGAUAGUAGAGUCAGGUACUGUGCAAGUUCUGGUUCAGCUUCUAAGUGAGGAGAACAGUGUUUUCGUGCGUGCCAGUGUAGUCAAUGCUCUAGAAGCCAUCACAUCAAAGUCAGAAGAAGCUAAGAAUGUGGCUAGAGAUUUGGAUGGGGUUCACCUUCUGAUUAGCGCAGUGGUUGCUUCGUCUAAAGAGUCGGUAGAUGAAGAAACCGAACAUGUCUUACAGAGUUAUGGGACACAAGGUUUAGCAAACUUAUGCGGAGGAAUGUCUGCUUUGAUAGUGUAUCUUGGAGGGCUAUCAUUGUCUCCACGUCUCACUGAGCCUAUCGCUGAUAUUCUCGGAGUUCUUGCUUAUGCUCUGAGGAAGUUUCAGCUAAUUUGUGGUGAUGGUAGAGAAACGUUUGAUCCAACAGUAACAGAAGGAGUACUAGUGAAACUCUUGAAGCCCCGAGAUACUCAACUGAUCCAAGAACGUAUCUUGGAGGCUAUGGCAAGUCUAUAUGGAAAUGUUGACGUAUCGAAACCACUCAACAAUGUGGAUGCUAAGAGGGUUUUAGUCGGACUAACAAUAUUGGCCACGGGUGGUCCACGUGAGCGGAUGAUAACUUGUUUAUCAAAUUUAUGCAAAUAUGAGAAUGUUUGGGAAGCUAUUGGGAAGAGAGAAGGCAUACAAAUACUCAUACCGUUUCUUGGUUUGUCCAGCGAACAACAUCAAGAACUGUCCGUUGAGUUCUUAGCGAUCUUGACUGACAGGGUCGAAGAAAGUAGAUGGGCUGUUACUUCCGCAGGUGGUAUUCCUCCGUUACUACAGAUACUAGAGACUGGCGUGUCCCACAAGGCAAAGGAUGAUGCGGUCCGUGUCCUUUGGAACCUCUGUUGUCACAGUGAGGAAAUCCGUCUCUGCGUCGAGAAAGCAGGAGCUAUUCCUGCACUCUUGGGACUUUUAAAGAACGGUGGACCAAAAUCCCAAGAGAACUCAGCAAAUACGCUUUUGAAACUGAUUAAAACAGCUGAUCCAAGUGUUAUCGAGCAAGUACAAGCUUUGUUUCUCGGAGAUGCUCCUAAAUCAAAGACUCAUUUAAUAAGAGUUCUUGGCCACGUUCUUGCAUCAGCUUCAUUGGAGGACUUUGUCACCAAAGGUUCUGCAGCAAAUAAUGGAUUGAGGUCUCUUGUCCAGAGACUUGCUUCAUCAAAUGAGAAAAUGAAAGAGAACGCAGCUUCUGUCUUGGCUGAUCUAUUUAGUUCAAGAAAAGACCUUUGUGGUGGUCUUGGAUUUGAUGAGAAUGAUAAUCCGUGCACAAAGCUUUUAAGCGGGAACACUCACGCGGUAGCAACGCAAUUAGCGCACGCCUUGGGCUCUUUAUCUAAUCCAACAAAGAAAAAACUUGGCCAAAAGAAGCUAUCCGGUCCAGAAGUCGAAGUGAUCAAACCAUUGAUAAAGUCAGCAAAAACAAACCCUGCAGAGUCAGCAGAGAAUCCCAUGUCCACUCUUGCAAACCUCCUUUCAGACCCAAAUAUUGCAGCCGAAGCAUUAGAUGACGAUGUUGUUUCCGCUUUGACAAGAGUACUGAGAGAGGGAACACUGCAAGGUAAGAGAAAUGCUUCACAAGCUCUACAUCAACUACUGAAACAUUUCCAAGUUAAUGAUGUGUUCAAAGGAAAUGAUCAGUGUCGAUUUGCUGUUCCUGAACUCAUUGAACUCUUAAACUCAACUGACCUCAACAACAGUGCGUUUAUGGACGUUUUAGAAGUACUCUCUUUGCUAGCCAAAGCUAAGUAUGGUGCUAACUUGUCACAUGACCCCUUUUCUGCAUUCACUGAAGCUCCUUCGAGUUUAGACUCUCUUGUCCGCUGUGUAGCUGAAGGUCAUCCUUUGGUGCAAGAUAAAGCAAUAGAUAUUUUGUCUCGCUUUUGCAAGACACAUUUUGUCUUGUUAGGUGAACUUUUGGUGGCACGGUCAAAAUCUAUUUGUUCGUUGACUAAUAGGACAACCAAUUCAUCCAGUCCUGAAAUAAAAGUCGGAGGAGCUAUGUUGCUUGUCUGCGCAGCAAAGAAGGACAAGAAAUUAUGCGCAGAAGCAAUUGGCCAAUCAGGUUAUACGAAAAGAUUAGUGAGCACUCUUCUUGAUAUGUCAAAGCAGAACUCUCUAUGUUCUUCAUACAGAGUUGAAAUUCAAAGACCAAGAUCUUUCAUCACAAGCAAUUUGUGCUUAAAGUUGAAUGACCACGAAAUGGUUGAUCCAGUUACUAUUUUGGGAAGCACAGUCUCCAUGUGGUUACUCUCCAUUUUAUGCUCUAAUCCCAAGGAAAGAAUUGCCGUCAUGGAAGCCAAUGUACUUGAAAUAAUUGCAGAGAAGCUUCAAAGAUACAAUUUCAACACACAGGAGAAUUUCUCGGAUUCUGAAGAAAGAUGGAUUGGUCUAUCAUUCUUAGCUGUUAUGUCUCAGGAAUUUAACGUUGUCUCAUCUCCGGCAACAGCAAAUCUUGUGCCAACUCUAGCUCUUUUCAUGCAAUCUGAUCAGAUGAUUGAUGGAUAUUUUACUGCACAAGUUUUGGCAGCGUUAGUCCGUAAUAAGAAUGAUAAAAUCAUUGCAGAAAUAGUGAAUUCAGAUAUCAUAGAAGCCCUGAUCAACACGGUUGGGAAUGCAGAAUCAUGCACAGGGAGUCUUGGUGCCUUAGCAGAAGAGUUAUCUCUGUUACAAAAUCCUUGUGAGGCUACAUUAGAAGCAUUAUUCGAAGAUGAAAGAUUAAGACGCGAUUCACUUACCAAAAGAUGUAUUCCUUUACUGGUGAAUCUCUUGAAGCCUAAUGCAAAUAAACCUGGAGCCUUACCUGUAGCUGUUCGGCUUCUGAGUCGUAUUGCAGAGUGGGGUGAUUCAAGUAAAUUACUCAUGGCUGAAUCUGGAGCUCUUGAUGGUUUAGCAAAGUACCUUUCUUUGAGUCCUCAAGAUUCGACCGAGUUCACAGUUUCUGAACUGUUAGGAUCACUCUUCCGCUGUUCAGAAGUCACACACCACAAAACAGCUUUAAGUUCCAUGAAGCAGCUCAUAGAAAUUCUUCAUAAUUCUUGUAGAAGUACUCGAUACAGCGCAGCAAGGGCUCUUCGUGAGCUUUUUAACUCUGAGCACAUCAGAUAUUCUGAAUCAGCAUGGAAAGCGCUUUCCCCUCUUAUUGAAAUGUUGAAUACCACGCUGGAGAGUGAACGAGAGGCUGCUUUAACAGCUCUAGUGAAGCUAACUAUGGGAAAAUGUCCAAGGGCGGCAGAUAUUCUUAACAGUCUUGAAGGAAACCCAUUGGAGAACAUCUACAAGAUUUUAUCUUCAGAUAGUUCAUCGCUUGAAUCGAAGACAAGUGCUGCGAGGAUAUGUUCCUUUCUAUUUACAAGCGAAAGUUUAAGAACAAGUUCGGCUGCUGCAGAUUUCAUGGUACCUCUUAUAUCACUUAUCCGGUCAGGAACAAGCACUACUGUAGAAGCCGAGAUAAUAGCACUUGACAAACUCUUAGAUAGCAAAAGAUUCACAGAGAUCGCAGAGGAACAUGAUUGUGUGAAUCUGUUCUUCGGCCUUAUGGCUUCUGGAAACUAUCUGAUCAGUGAGGCUGCAAUUUCUUGUCUGGUGAAAAUGGCUAAAGACAAGACUCCGCGUAAAAUGGAUUUCAUUAAAAUGGGGAUAAUAGAGCAAUGCCUUGGUCAACUCUCUACAUACCCUCCAAGCUCAUUAUGUUCUGUAGUCGCUGAGUUAUUCAGAGUUUUGACGAACGUUGGUGCUAUAGCUAGAAGCCAAGACGCAAUAAAAAUGGUACAACCGCUCCUCUUGGUUUUGCUUAGACAAGACUUGGAUUUUCAAGGCCAGCUCGGUGGUUUACAAGCGAUAGCAAACAUCUUAGAGAAGCCAGUGGUUCUUGAAUCAUUAAAACUCGCAUUAUCAGCAAUCAUUAUGCCAUUAAUACCAUUGCUUGAAUCUGAAUCUAUAGCGGUCCAACACGCAACCGCAGAAAUACUGACCUCUCUAUUCGAAACACAACGUUUUCAAGAGGAGAUCAUGACCAAGGAUCUCAUUGCUCCUCUCGUGAAACUCUCCGGGAUCAGAGUAAGAAACUUACAAGAGAUAGCGUUGAUGGGUUUAGAGAAAUCAUCCCUUACAUGGACGAAGGAGGUAGCAGAUGCCGAGGGAAUUCAAGAGCUUUCCAAAGUUAUUAUGGACGAAGAUCCUCAGCUUCCUGUAUCUCUAUGGGAGUCAGCAGCUUUCAUUCUCUGUAACAUUCUCAGAUUCAACUCAGAGCAUUACUAUUUCACAGUAACGGUACAAGUUCUUGCGAAAAUGUUGUUCUCAACAGCCGAGAGCACGGUGAUAUUAGCCAUCGACGCAUUGAUCAUCCGCGAGAAGCAAGACUCAUCAAGUGUUGUAGAAAUGGCUGAAGCAGGUGCACUCGACGCAUUACUCGAUCUACUAAGAUCACACCACUGCGAAGAGCUCUCAGCAAGAUUACUUGAACGAAUACUACGAAAUCCAAAGGUAAGAGAGACAAAAAUCUGCAAAUUUGUGAUCACUCCAUUGUCAGAGUACAUACUAGACAAAGAGACAAGAUCAGAAUCCGCAAAGCUACUCGUGGCGAUGGCUCUCGGUGACAUCUCUCAACACGAAGGACUCGCUAAAGCCACGGAUUCGGCGUUGGCGUGUCGUGCAUUGAUCAGCUUGAUUGAGGAAGAACCAAGCGACGAUAUGCAAAUGGUUGUGUUGUGUGCGAUGGGAAACUUUGCAAUGCAUAGUAGAACAAGCAGAAAAGCUAUCGCGGAAGCUGGUGGUGUGUGUUUGGUUCAAGAGUUGCUUAGAUCUUGUAAUCCAGAAGUUUCUACUCAAGCAGCACUAAUGAUCAAAUCUCUCUUCUCUAAUCAUACACUUCAAGAACACGUCUCUAGUGAAAUCAUCAAAUCUUUAACUGCUGCGAUGGAGAGAGAGUUUUGGACGACAGCGAUGAUAAACGUGGAGGUAGUGAGAACGCUAAACGCGAUUCUCACGACGUUUCCUAAACUCCGUUCAUCGGAGGCGGCGACCGCCUGUAUCCCUCAUCUAAUCGGAGCUUUGAAAUCCGGCGAUAAAGAAGCGAGAGACUCGGCGUUAGACACGAUCUAUACUCUGAGACAGUCGUGGAUAACAAUGCCGACGGAGACGGCGAGGUCUCAGGCGGUUUUAGCGGCGGAGGCGAUUCCGGUUCUGCAAAUGAUGAUGAAAUCGAAACCUCCGGAAGGAAGCUUCCAUCAGAGAGGGAACAGCCUCUUGAAUUGCUUGCCGGGAAGUUUGACGGUGGUGAUCAAACGCGGCGAUAAUCUGAAACGCUCUACGGGAAACACAAAUGCAUUUUGCAGCUUAAUCAUCGAUAAUUGUCCAACCAAGAAAACUAAGGUUGUGAAACGCAAUAGCUCACCGGUUUGGAAGGAAUCAUUCACAUGGGACUUUACUGUUCCUACUAGAGGACAGUUUCUUGAAAUCGUCUGCAAAUCCAAUAACAUAUUUCGCAACAAGAAUCUGGGUAAAGUGAGGAUACCAAUCGACAAAGUGUUAACUGAAGGGAGUUAUAGUGGAAGUUUCAGAUUAAGUGACGAAAACAAGAAAGAUGAUUCUGAUAGAAGUCUAGAAAUCGAGAUUGUUUGGUCGAAUCAGACAUUUUCAUAUCCAUAAAAGGUGUUCAAAUUGCUCUUACUUAACUUGAUUAUGUUAUUGUUUAUUCUAUAAAUUUUAUAGUUUCUCACUUGUGUAUUAUGUAAAACUCAAAACUAUCUGAAAGCGGGA